AUGGCGGAUUAUCAGCAAGGGCGGGGGAAUAAUGGUCGCCCGAAUGAAUACGGUCAUGCUUCGAACUAUCAACGGGAAACCGCUUUCUCAAAUAUCUUCGGUGCUGCCCCUCCUCCCGGCCGAUCGCAAACCAUGACUUCAUCCGUGUCUCCUCCAAUUAUGCCUCAGGGUCGCACACAAACGAUGUCUUCGCAGGUGUCAGGAAUGCAAGGCGGGAUGCCUCCCAGACAAGCUCAGGGCCAGGGCGGAUAUCGGCCUCAACAGGGGAACAAUUUGCCAAAUGGAGGUGGCAUGGCCAAUGGCUAUUAUCAAGGAUCCCGACAACCACCUCCUGGACAAGUACCUUCUCAACCACAACCUCAUUCCUUACCGCAGCAGGUUCGUAGCGAUCGAAGACCGUACCCUACUCCUCAGCGCAUUGCACCUCAACAACCAUUUCCUCCUAGACCUCAACAACAGCGAUAUUACACAGGCAAUGCUCCAGCACUCGCCUCCGAUCCCUAUCGGUCUCAAUCAAUGGCAAGUAUACCUAGGCCACAAAUGUACCAACCGCCGCCUAGCAACUUCAAUCAAGCUCCCGCCAAUGCUUUUCGGCAAGCUCAAUACCAACACCAACCCGCAAAAACAACCGCUCUCGGACGCAAUAUUCCAGAGAGACCUGAUGAGCGCACAAUGUCGUUGACUAGUUAUCCACAAGAUCGUGACCAGCAUCAAACUAUGAGUGGACGAGUGAUUCCAAAUAGACGGACUUCGGGAAAUGGGCCACAGGAGCUACCAGCCUUUUCUAUACCCCCUCCUGUUCCCGCAACCGCAACACGGACUGCUAGUAUGGCCUCUACUGUUGCGCCAGAUAUGAGUCGAUCAAUGUCCAUGGCUUCAACCAUUGUUCCACCGGAGCAUUCGGACAUCUUAACGCAUCGGCCUUCGGCCAAAUCAAUUAGCAGCACGGCCGGAGGAUCAUCCAGGCACAAAGCUCCUCUGGUAUAUCCCGCAUUAUUGUCGCGGGUUGGCGACUGCUUUCGAGAAAAAAUCAAUGUCGGUGAUAGAACGAAGAAUGAUCUCACUUACAAAAAUGCUUUCAGUGGAGCGGAGGCGGUGGACAUUAUCUCGUAUAUUAUCAAGACUACCGAUCGAAAUCUUGCCUUGUUACUUGGUCGAGCUCUUGAUGCCCAGAAGUUUUUUCACGAUGUAACUUACGAUCAUCGAUUACGUGACUCUGCUACAGAGAUGUACCAAUUUCGAGAAACGAUGAUGGACGAACCUCAUGAAGCACCAGAAGUCAAUGGCGUGUUCGUUUUACUCACAGAAUGUUACUCUCCAACGUGUACUAGAGAUCAGUUGUGCUAUUCGAUAGCUUGCCCUCGUCGACUUGAACAGCAGUCUCGAUUGAACCUGAAGCCACAGCCUGGUCUUCGUCGCGAAAAGUCCGAAGCAAGUCUGCAUGAUGUCGACGAACCUGACGAGCAAAAGCUCUGGAUCAACACAGUCUCUCAAGAAAUUGCGGAUAGCGUUGGUGAACGGGAGAAGAAACGUCAAGAGGUCAUUUCAGAGAUUAUGUACACCGAAAGAGAUUUUGUAAAGGAUCUCGAAUAUUUACGAGACUUUUGGAUUCUUCCAUUACGCUCAGUCAAUCAACUCUCUCCAUCACCUAUUCCAGAGGCUCGAAAAGAGAGAAUAGUCAGAACCAUAUUCUCAAAUAUUGUCGAUCCGCCGAGUAUUCAUGCUAUCAGUUCUAAAUUUGCCGAAGCACUCACAGAACGCCAGCGGAAGCAUCCUGUUGUGCAAUGUGUUGGUGAUAUAUUCCUCCAAUUUGUACCCCAGUUUGAGCCUUUUAUCAUAUACGGAUCAAAUCAACUGGCGGGAAAAUUUGAGUUUGAGAACGAGCGAUCUUUGAAUCCCUCGUUUUCUAAAUUUGUAGACGAGACAGAGAGGCGAAAAGAGUCACGAAAGCUUGAACUGAAUGGUUAUCUAACGAAGCCGACAACAAGACUUGCCCGUUACCCACUCUUGCUAGAUAAUGUUCUUAAGUAUACCGACGACGGGAACAAGGAUAAGGAAGAUAUUCCGAAAGCCAUGAAGAUGAUUCGUGAACUCCUCACCAGGGUCAAUGCCGAAUCCGGCAAAGCCGAGAAUCGCUUCAACCUAAAGCGAUUGCACGAACAGCUUCGUUUCAGGCCCAAUGAGCGUGUAGAUUUGAAGCUUACUGACGAAAACCGAGAGCUUAUCCACAAAGGACCUUUGAAGAAGACACCAACAGAUCCAACUGAUAUUCAGGCCUACCUUUUCGACCAUGCUGUUCUUCUCGUACGUGUUAAGACGGUGGCAAAGAAGGAGGAAAUUAAGGUAUACCGUCGCCCAAUUCCUCUUGAACUGUUGACUAUUCGCGAAAUGGAUGAGUUUAUGCCUAAGCUUGGAGUUGUGAAACGUCCAUCAUCAAGUCUGAUUCCUAGCAAGACUCCUACGAACGACAACAGUAAGAAAGAUGGGUUCCCCAUCACCUUCAGGCACCUUGGUAGAGGUGGGUACGAAUUGACACUGUACGCAAGCAGUGCGGGGAUGAGGAACAAAUGGAUGGAGCACAUAGGUGAACAACAAGCCAUAUUACGUGCGCGAGGCGAUUUCUACAACAAAUCUAUCAUUUCUAGCAACUUCUUUACGACCGUGAAUAGGGUCAAUUGUGUGGCACCAUUCGAUGGUGGACGUAAAUUGAUAUACGGUACGGACUCGGGCAUCUUCGUUUCUGAUCGCAGAUCAAAAGAUGCCGCCGCAAAGCCACUUCGAGUAUUGGAUGCUACCAGUGUCACACAGAUUGAUGUUCUUGAGGAAUACAACCUUCUGCUGGUUUUAUCUAAUAAAUCUUUGCAGUCUUAUCCUCUUUCUGCGCUGAAUCCGAACGAGCCUGCACUUUCGAAACGACCCAAGAAAAUACAAAGCCACUGCAACUUCUUCCGCACAGGGAUAUGCUUAGGCCGCCAUCUUGUAUGCUGUGUUAAAUCAUCGGCUUUGUCGACUACUAUCAAAGUAUAUGAGCCCAACGACGCGAUGUCCAAAGGCAAGAAGCAGAAAGGGUUCAAAAUGUUCAGCAAUGGUCAAGACGAGUUGAAAGCAUUCAAAGAAUUCUACAUUCCAACAGAAUCUUCAUCCAUUCAUUUCCUCAAAUCAAAACUAUGUGUAGCCUGUGCACGUGGUUUUGAAGUAGUAUCUUUGGAAACUCUAGAGACCCAAUCACUUCUCGAUCAGGCAGAUACAUCUUUGGACUUCGUUGCUCGAAAGGAGAACGUACGACCAAUACAUAUCGAGCGAUUGAACGGAGAGUUUCUUCUCAAUUACUCUGAAUUCUCUUUCUUCGUCAACCGUAAUGGAUGGCGAGCUAGACCCGACUGGAGAAUUGAUUGGGAGGGACUACCACAGAGCUUCGCACUUUCUUACCCUUGGAUACUCGCCUUCGAACCGAACUUUAUUGAAAUUAGGAAUAUUGAGACUAACGCUGUUCAUAUUGUUCCUCAUAAGAGCAUUCGUAUGCUGCAUACGAGCACUCGAGAGAUCAUAUAUGCUUAUGAGGAUGAGCGAGGAGAGGAUAUUGUUGAGGCUAUCGACUUUUGGCCAGCUGGACGUAAGCCCGAAGCACAGCCAGUUUCCAAUGGUGCCGAUUUCCGUGACGGGGUGCAUCCUCCAACAUCCUCACGUCAUUGA